UUUACAUGGUAUUCAGAGUCAUUCUCCUCUACAACACAUCUCUCUCGCGCCGCCAUGUCGUCCUCGAGCUCCACCGCUGCCGCACCUUCCGUCCUCAUUCCCAUCGCUGAAAAACUCCACCGCUCCAACUUCAACGUCUAGCGCGCGCAAGCCCUAGCCACCAUCCGUGGCGCCCAGCUGGUUGCCUACCUCGAUCCAGAGAGAGAACUACCGGCGCCAAAGCUCUCUGACAAGGAUGGCAAGCCCACAGAUACACGCCAAUCCGACGUAUGAGAUCGACAGGGCUCGAGACUCUCAGGUUUUGAGUUUCCUUUUUAAUUCCAUCUCACCUCCUGUGAUGGUUCAGAUCGCAAAUGGCAUCACGGUGUCAGCAGCAUGGACUGCAAUCACCGAGAUGUUCAUCUCCGAGACGCAGGCGGCCAUCGUCAACACGAGGAUCGCCCUCUCCACCACCAAGAAGGGGACUUCCACCAUCGCCGAGUAUCUUGGCCGCAUGAAGGCCCUUGGUGAUGAGAUGGCUGCCAUCGGCAAGCCACUCACCGACGACGACAUGGUGUCGUACAUCCUCGCCGGCCUUGACUUCGACUACAUGUCGUUUGUCUCCUCGGUCUGCGCCAGGACUGUCCCCAUCAAGCCAAACGAGCUCUACUCCCAGCUGAUCAGCUUCAAGAGCCGCCUAGUAUGUUCGAGGGGAACUCAUCUUCACACUCCUCCGCCAACGCUGCCUCUCGCGGCCGUGGUGGCUUUCCUCGUGGCGGCGGCCGCGGCAGGAACGGCAGAGGUCGUGGUCACGGUGGUGGCCGCGGCAAUGGAGGCAAUGGUGGCGGCCGUGGAAACGGCCACAGUGGCCGCGACAAUGGAGGUGGCGGCCGUGACGAGAUCCCGGAAGCCUUCUGUCAGAUCUGCAAGAAGCCAAAUCACACUGCCCUCGAGUGCUAUCGUCGCUUCGACAUCGCCUUCACCAAGGAGAAAAGCGCAAGCGUAGUGUCCAACUCCUCCUACGGUGUUGACACGAACUGAUUGACACCGGCGUCACCGACCACAUCACCAGCGAGCUGGACAAGCUCACCAUGAGGGACAACGGCCAUGACCAAGUGAACAUGCCCAACGGGUCAGGACAAGGCAACGAGGAACACCCUCCUCCACGGCAGGUGUAGAUCCGGUCUCUACCCUCUAUCAUCAGCUUCCUUAAGCCCGGGCAGGCAAGCUUUUGGCGCCACCAAGAUAUCGCCGUCAAGGUGGCACAAUCGACUAGGUCAUCCGUCUUCGCAAAUCGUUCAGCAUGUUCUUAGGCAAAACAAAAUUUCCUUUUCUAGUCAUGAGUUGAAUAAAGAAGGAGUGUGUGAUGCAUGCCAAAAAGGCAAAAGUCACCAACUCCCCUAUCCAAAUUCUAGUGCACUUCGAAUGCUCCUUUAGAGCUCAUUUUUUCCGAUGUAUGGGGGACUGCCUGUGAUUCUAUCAAUAAAAAGAACUAUU